CGCCGAACGUUAGUCUAUCGGACGCCUCAUUAUGUAGUUGAUGGUGUGUGCUAUUGUUGUUAGAUGUUUGUUUUCAAUUUAUUUAUCCAUAUUAUUAACAUUUAAAAAUGUUCAAAUGUUACCGGAUUAUCGUUUUUUGUUUUUGAGUUUGUAAUUUUUAAUGAAAAUAAUAUUCGUGUUUUUUUGCCAUUGUGAGCCGCUGUGUUUUUUUGGCUUAUAAAUCGUGUGUUUGAUUAUUUUGUUGUUCAACUUAGUUGUAACUAAAUCGAAAAAAAACGCAGUUUUCUGUUAUCUUCGGUCGCCGGUUUUAGUACAAUGUUCAGCACACGAUGAUGAAUUUUCACACGAGGUGUUAAUAUUUUUGAAAACGCGUGUAGAAAUUAUACGUGAGCGGUUCUCGUUGCCCAUAUACACCUAACAAACAAUUUUUAUCUCUGGGAAAAAGAGGCGCACACGCACUGAGAAAACGCGCGCAAAGUACCACACACGAAUAUACACACAUAUAAAUAUUAUAUACCGCUUGUAUAAAAUAAAAAAAUUGUCGUGUCGACGAAUCUGCUCUACUACCUCUAUCUCUCUGUUGUGCAGCAGUAACAGCAUCUCAGCAACAGCAGCAGCAUCCGUGGCCUAUGUGUUGGCAGCUUUGUUAACUUACUUCUUUGUUUCCUCUGUGGUUUAAAUAAUUUUUAUUUCUUUUCAAAUCACACGCCUUUUCUCUUUUUCUCUCUUCAAAUUACUAUCGUUUUUUAUCGCGCGUGCUGCGAAAAGCUUUGUUACAAAUAUCGUAUCUAAGACUUUACAUGCGGAUACUAAAAAUCGACGGCUUUUUUGUCUUAGCGCAGCAUUAACUGAUUUUUUUUUUGGAAACGUGUUUUAAAGCUUUUUGUAGUCUUUUUUCCUGUAUUGUUCGCGGUAUUUUUUUGUCGUUGAAAUUUUUUAAGUGAAAAAUUACACGUGGUGAACCGAACGGCAAAUUCGCUUCGAUGCUAGUCAAUAUAAUUACCAUUAAAGCUUAUAAUAACCGUAUACUUACGUAAGUCUCGUAUUUAGUAUAGAAGAGGCAAUUUUUUCCCUAAUUUUUUUCCUACCUACGUCUGUUGUUCGAUCGUUCUCGCCGUUGUUUUUGGAAUCGGAUUCGCGUUUGUUGAAGAAGAUAUCGUCGUCGUCGAAACUAGACAAGAAGCAAGGAUUAUUGGAAUUCGCGCGCGCGCCAUUGCAUAUGUGUGUGUGUGGUAAUACUUGAAAAAACGACAAGAAUAAGGAAAAAAGAGCAGAUCUCGAGCAAUAUUUGCGUGUGCGAGACGAAGCGACUCGCACGAUACAGUUGCAAUAACGCACUAACGAAAACGCGGUCGUCUAAGAAUAAUUUUUUAUUCGAAAAUUGUCGAUAAACCGUCAAAAUCGUGUCCCUCGUGGUACCUAGUUCUUUGCCCAGUGCUCCGUCCGUAGCGGUAGGACCUACAACGGUCUCGUCUGCGGUACCAGGAGCCGGGGCUAUGGCCGUCGUCAAUGUAAACAAUUUACUAAACGGUAAAGACUCACGCUGGCUCCAAUUGGAAGUAUGCAGAGAAUUUCAACGUAAUAAAUGCACCCGUCCGGAUACUGAAUGCAAAUUCGCUCAUCCUCCAGCUAAUGUGGAAGUGCAAAAUGGACGCGUUACGGCAUGUUAUGAUAGUAUCAAGGGUCGUUGCAAUCGAGAUAAACCACCUUGUAAGUAUUUUCACCCGCCGCAACACUUGAAAGAUCAGUUGCUCAUAAAUGGCAGAAAUCACUUAGCUUUGAAGAAUGCCUUAUUACAACAAAUGGGCUUGGCUCCCGGUCAGCCGAUGGUUCCUAGUCAGGUUCCCGCUGUGGAUGUCGCUGGUAAACUGCAGUUUCCGACGUCAAGCGCAGCGGCUGCCGCCGCUGCAACGGCGAUCGCACUUGGCCAGCCGCAAUUAGGUCUCAUGACCACUCCGUACCUACCAGGAGUUCCACAAGUUGGCAAUACUUUCAAUCCAUAUUUCAGCGCAGCUCCGAUUAUGCCAACCGCCGCUAUACUCGGCCCAGAUCCUAAUAAUCCUUUAAGUAUGGCAGUACAACAGACCGUAGUCACGCAACAAAAAAUGCCAAGGACAGCUGAUAGGCUAGAGCAAUCCACCGCUGCCGCUGGAAUCGCCGCUCUCACUGCUGCCAAUGCGGCAUCCGCAGUUGAUAUCGGAAGAAAACGUCCACACGAUCCUAAUGACGAUCUUCUUAUGAUGGAUAUGAAAACAGUUGGCGCUUUUUACUAUGAGAACUUUGCGUUUCCCGGUAUGGUACCUUAUAAGAGAGCAGCCGGCGACAAAUCCGGCGUACCAGUUUACCAACAAAGUGCGGCGACCGCGUACCAGCAACUGUUGCAACCGUUCGUGCCUGUGUCAUUUAGUGCAGCACCUCCAGGUUUGCCGAGAUAUUAAGAGCUGCCUGAGUGAAAAGUUGUUAUGAAUAUUCAGUCUAUAUCGACGUAUAACUGAAGAUUCAUGUUCGUGAAUACCAAAAAGUUUGGUGGGAAGAAAAAAUAUGGAUAUAUAGUAUUCUAAUUUAAAUAUAAUAAGUUUUAGUGUCCUAAUUCCUUAUGAUCUGUUUCUUUUUAUUUUUCUUCUCUCUUUAUUAUACUUAUUAAGUAAUUAAAGAAAAGGAAAGAAAAAACCGUUUUUAUGGAAAAUAUUUAUUUAUAAUGAUUUUAUUAACAUUAUAUUACUAUUAUUAUUAUUAUAAAAUUAUCUUUGAUUAUAUAAAAUAAGUAGUAAACGCUAUUUAAGCGUUCAUACAUAUAGUUUUAUGUAGAAUUAUUAUGUUCCUGAAUGUCCCACAGUUGCGAAUUUGUUUGGUACUCGCAACUAACCGUAUUUUUUUAUCAAUGUGAUAACGAAAAUUUGAUUUAUAACCUGUAUUAUUUACUUAUGUUCUUUUUUUCAACUAUUAAUAUUAUUAUUGUAUUUUUUUUUCUUUAGUUUUAAAUAGAAUUUUUUUGUUUUUGUUAAUACUGCCACCUCUAUGAGAAUUCAAUUUUUUAAAACUAAAAAAAAAAAAAUCGAACUAUGUCGGGUUGCGAGGAAUUGUACGAGAAUUUUUAUUGUUAUUAUUUGAUUAUUUUUUUAUAUACGGUUUAUUUAAUCAGUUGAACGAAUCGAUGGAAAAUUUUUCUAAGGCCUAAUUUUCGAUUUACUACAUAUUACCCUUUCGUUAAUUUUUAACAUAGCAUAAUAUAUUUGUUGUGCUGGUAAAUGUGAUGAAUUUUAGCUGGAAACUGGAGCACACACCGAGGUGGUAGUAUUGUAAAGGAAAUAAAAAGCAAAAAUUUCGAAAGAAUUACCACGACGUGCUGUCUCUUUUAAUCUAAUCUUUUGAUUCAUGUGAUCGAAAGAGAAACAUUGUGAUGCAUAACGAAAGUUGCCUCGCAUUGUGAAACUUUCCGAUGUGGUUCAUUCGAUUGCCGAGGAAUCUUCCGGUUGACCCUGUGAACUGAUCUAGUCUUCAGUUUUCCAUACGUAAUUAAGGUGUUGGUUUUUAUUAUCAAAUUCUCUCUUAAUUUUGAGAACACGUUUUCUUUCUCUCUCUCUAUCUCUCUCUACUUUGCGUUUCUAUCAUCACAAUUUUACAUGACAAAAUAUAUACUAUAAUAAUUUAAAGUAAACAAAAAAAAAAGAUAUUUUGUGAUUGUACGUUUAGGACUUUCGCACAAAUCAGUCAUCACUAUUAUAUUUUAAGGCUCAUUUAUAUACUUAUUUUUUCUCAUUUUUUUCUGUUUUCUUUGUUAUAAUUUUUUUGUUUAAAAAAGUAUUAUUUUGUGUUACUGAUUUUUUUUUGUGAUAUUUUUUGUAGUGUUUUGUGUAAUGUGUAGAGUUUAGUUGUAAUCGUCAUUAUAUAGUCUUCUUUUUUUUUUAUUUUUUUUUAUUUUUCUCUCUACUCUUUCUCUCUUUUUCUCUUAUAUUUUUUUGUUUAUUUUUUCGUCACGUUUUUUUUCUUUUGUUUUUUCUCGUUCUUUCCUUUUUAAAAUUAGAGAUGAAAGUCAUCUGUUGAUUUUUCAGGCGUGUGGCGGGUUUAAGGAGCGAAAUGCAACUAAGAGGGAGUUUCGGUCAAAAUUUCAGAUAAUUGGACCUGUUCAUUUUCGAAACGAAAAUAUUUAAAUUUAGUUGAAAUUAUUGAAAAAAUACUCAAAAGUACUAAACACUUGAAAUAAGGAAUUUUAAAAAUAUUUGUUGUCUUCUUUGAAUGCAAAAAGGUAAAUGAAAAAAUUAAACGAAAAUUGUUGGAGUGUUUGUAAAUUGUCAAAUCUAUCAAUCAUUCCUGAAAGCCACCAUCAUUUCGCCAUAAUUGUGGGAAUUGAACAAUAAAAUGAUUCUUGAAAGUGAAUUUUUAAAAUUGAAACUUGAUCAAGUUUAUUUCUUUCAGAAUACAACUUAAAAUAUUGAUUCAAUUUAAUUAAAAAAUUGUAAAAAAAAAAUACUCAUCGUCAGCAAACUGUAAGAUUGAAAAUUUAAACUAACAAAAUGAAAAAAAAAAACCGAAAUUAUUUCACGCGACGAUCCCCCUUCACCCCUCAGCCCCAAUCGAUCUAUUCUGUUGUGGGAUUAAAUCCGCCAUUUUGAAUUCUUCUCCAAGGUCAACACCAAGCAACAAAAUAGUAUUCCUCCCCCUGUCCCUCUGUUUGUCUAUAUUGAAAAACAAAUUGUUACGUUUUUGUUAAUUUUUAAUUAAUAUUUUCUUCUUUUUACUGUGUUUUAUUCUAUUCUUGUUUGAAAUUUUUAAAUUUGUAUAAAAAAUUUUAGUUACAAUAAUUUUUUAAUGUUUCGAAAGUACUUUUUUUCGUUUGUUAAAUUUCAAUAAUUUUUAGAAUAUGAAAAAAAAACAGUAGUUAAAAAAAAUUGUGUAUAAAUCUUGUACAUGACAUUUUUCUAAGUUUUAAACAAGUUGAGAAUUUUUGUUUUUUUGUAGUGUAGAUGUUUUCCCCUCUUAUUUUCUGGGUUUUGAGAAAUACCUUAUUUUCGGGUGUAAUUUACGGGCCAAGUUUAGCCUGAAAUUUAUUACUAUACGAGAAGCAACUCGGCUGAAAGUUGCCGAAUGGCAUCAGCAAGUUGUGGUGAUAAAUCCUACCGGUGCUGUACUCUCGAGGCACUACACAUAGGCGAUUCGGGGGAAAAAAACUGGCCCAUAUUACACCCUUUUACGAGUAUGUAGUUGAAAGUAUUUUGGAAAAAUCUCAAGUAGAGUAAAGUUUUCGUGUUUUUUUCUAGAUUAUUUUAUAUACUUACAUGCUCGACGUAUUUUUUCAUGCAUUCCAUUUAUUAAUAAUAAUUACGAGUAUUGUAAUGUAUUUCGUGAAAGAUGAGUAUUAUAAUUAAAUUGGAAAAGCAGCAGGCCUGUUUCAAGUUUCCAUUUUUGUUUUGUUUUUUCGUUUUUUUUUUUCGCCCUUCUUUAUUAUGGAUUAUACACUUUCGUACACUAAUUAGACUUUAAAGAUUUUUUUUCUCCUCCUUUCGAAGUACUAUGAAUUUUGUUGAUAUUUUCAUUUAUUUAUUUUUUUGUCCCGUUUGAUCAUUUUAAAUAUAAGUACGUUUUACCAACAAGAUCGUUUUAUGUUCUCAUAUAUAUUUUACGAAAAAUAUGUAUAAUUUAUACGUUGAAUACGAAUUUUUUUUCCUUAUAUAGUUAAUACCAUAUAUAACGGAUGUGUAAUGUAUAUUUUUAAGUCUUUCAAGACAUAAAGUAUAGAUGUGGUAUGACAACUAUAGUUUCUCACCAAUUCGAUACGGACAGCAUUAAAAAUGCGUGUAAUUUAUCGUUUAAACUUAUAUAGUGUUUUAAUGACGGGAGAUCAUUGUAUCGUAAAUUUCAGAUUCUAUUCAUAAGAUGACGUGUUACUUUUAAUGUUACAAAAUAAUAAAUGUCUCUGAAACAGA